AUGCUCAUGGUCCUCUUCCGUGUGAUGUCGCCCGAACAAGCUUACGCUGCCAUCGACCUCCCCAUACUCGGCCUACUCUUCGGGACAAUGGUCGUUAGCGUCUACCUCGAACGAGCCGACAUGUUCAAAUACCUCGGCAGGCUCCUCUCCUACAAAAGCCGAGGCGCAAAAGACCUGCUCUGCCGAAUUUGCCUGGUUUCCGCUAUAUGCAGCGCAUUUUUCACAAACGACACUUCCUGCGUUGUUUUAACAGAGUUCGUGCUGAAAAUCGCCCGGCAGCAAAAUCUCCCGCCACACCCGUUUUUGCUGGCACUUGCCUCGAGCGCGAAUAUAGGCUCCGCAGCCACGCCGAUCGGCAACCCUCAAAAUCUUGUGAUUGCAGUUCAGAGCGGGAUCACGUUCGGGGGAUUCUUGCUCGGGAUUUUUCCCGCCAUGCUCGUUGGGGUUUGCGUGAAUAUAUUUAUUCUCCUAUGUAUGUUUUGGAAAUUGCUGUCCGUGCAAAAAGACGAGGAAGAUGCUUCUACAGAGGUUGUGGGCGAAGAAGACAUCACGUUUCACAAUUUCUCUCCCGCCACUAUGUCCCAUCAAGCGUCCCUCAAUUCUCAAGAGUUGGUCGCAGCUCUCGAGUCAACCGGCGCAAGCCCGCUCGAGUCAAACCUCAGAAAUCGAGGUAACUUGUCCGAGGGGAAUAAUAGUGUGCGUAGCUUGCUCGGCGUGAACGGCCAUCAAUCGGAAGGUGAGAUCAAGAAUGUUCCGAGCGAGAGACUGGAAGUUAAUGAGAAUUUGGAGGAUUUGGGGGGGUUUUGCUCGAGGAGAAGCUCGUCGGUGAAUGGGAUAGGGGCCGGAGGAUUGGCCUCGUUUGCGGAGGGGAAGUUUGGGUUUUCGAGGAAGUGGACGAGGGCUUUGUGGAAGGCGUGUGUUUAUUUGGUUACGUUGGGGAUGUUGGUAUCGUUGCUUAUGGGUCUCAACAUGUCUUGGACAGCAAUCACGGCUGCACUUGCGCUCGCCGUUCUUGAUUUUAAAGACGCUAGGCCCUCUCUAGAAAAGGUGUCUUACUCGCUCUUGAUUUUCUUCUGUGGGAUGUUUAUAACGGUGGAUGGGUUUAAUAGGACUGGGAUUCCGAGCACUGUGUGGGAAUUCAUGGAGCCGUAUUCGAAAAUCGAUCAUAUUGGAGGGACUGCAGUUUUGGCAGUUGUUAUACUCAUCCUCUCGAAUGUGGCCUCAAAUGUGCCUACAGUUCUGUUACUAGGCGGCCGGGUGGCUGCCUCGGCAGCCAUGAUAUCGCCAACGAGCGAGAAGAAAGCUUGGCUCAUACUGGCUUGGGUCAGCACAGUGGCUGGUAACCUCUCCUUAUUGGGCUCGGCUGCUAACCUAAUCGUUUGCGAGCAGGCCCGUCGGGCCCAGCACUAUGGCUACAACCUGUCCUUUUGGAGCCAUCUCAAGUUCGGGGUCCCAUCGACUAUUGUUGUCACGGCUGUCGGCUUGGUCCUCAUCAGAGGUUAA